ACCUCCUCCUCCUCCUCCUCCUCCCCCCGCCGGAGUCUGCCUUGUCUCGGCUCGCCCGGCUGCUCUCUGGAACUUUGCGCUCGGCUCGCUUUCCCUUCUGCCAACUUUUCCCCGUCGCCGCUCGACGGGAAGUUCUUCUCCCGCCUUGGCUAAGGACGCCGCCGCCGCCACCGCCGUCUCCGGAGAGCGUAGAUCCCGCCGGAGGUGGGAGGCGGCCCGCGGGGGAGAUGCGGUCGGGGAGUGAUUAGAGCGCGGGGCUCCGGGUUUGGCCCCUGCCGCCGCCGCUGCUGCCGCCAAGCGCUGCAGCAACUUGCAGCGGAGCGGUGGUCGGCGCCGCUGCGGCAGAUCGACAGAGGAGAAAUUCUUGCUGCUGCUGUUUCUGCUCCUCCUUUAACUGCGCCUGAAGCUCCCGCGCCGCCCGCUCGGCUGCUUUUGCCUUUGUCUGUUAACAUUGCGAGAGAAAAACAGAAGUUUUACUUCAUGGCAAGAAGUAAUAUCCUGCAACAGAAAUUGCCCCCCAAACUGGGCAGAAGGAAUCUUCAUAAAUUUUGACGUGCAGACCUUCAAUCAGAUUUUGCUGAAAUGGGUUAUAUGGCUCGCAGUUCAGUCCUGGGAUUUAUUCUCAAAUCUACAAUGAUAAAUGGACUUAUGAUUGUUCCUGUUCUUGUGAUGAUAGCUUUAUUUUCGCCAAGCAAGGCUGACGACAAGCUAAAACUAAUGACCGAAUACGAAUGUGUGUGUGAAGGCAUGUCAUGUGUGAACGGAGUCCGCUGCAGAGGACAUAGGUGCUUCUCCUCCUUGAGCAUCAAUAAUGGAGAAAGAGUUUAUCAGAAAGGCUGCUUCCAAGUGUAUGAGCAGGGGAAGAUGACAUGUAGAACUCCUCCAUCCUCAGAUCAAGCUGUGGAAUGCUGUCAAGGGGACUUGUGCAACUUCAACAUAACAGCAGAGCUACCAACGAAAGGGCAUCCAUCUCAAGGGGAAGCCGUGGGUUACACCAUGGAAACGCUUGUCAUUUUCAUACUGGCUCCCGUUAUGGUGCUGAUCGUAUUUUCGGCAGCAGCAGUGCUGAUCAUCAGAAAGAUUCGGCAGCGCCAUAUGGAAAGACUGAAUUCAAGGGACGCAGAAUAUGGCACAAUUGAAGGGCUCAUAGCCUCAAAUGUUGGCGAUAACACAUUGGCAGACCUGUUGGACCAUUCCUGUACCUCUGGGAGCGGCUCAGGGCUGCCUUUCCUAGUACAAAGAACAGUAGCUCGGCAGAUUACCUUGUUGGAGUGCGUAGGGAAAGGCCGAUACGGAGAAGUCUGGCGAGGACAAUGGCAAGGAGAGAACAUUGCCGUCAAGAUCUUUUCUUCCCGAGAUGAAAAGUCCUGGUUCAGAGAAACAGAAUUAUACAAUACUGUGUUGCUGAGGCACGAAAAUAUUUUAGGUUUUAUUGCUUCAGACAUGACAUCACGGAAUUCCAGCACUCAGUUGUGGCUAAUCACACAUUACCAUGAAAUGGGCUCGCUCUACGACUACCUGCAACUGACAACGUUAGACACUGUGAGCUGCUUACGAAUAGUUUUGUCCAUAGCUAGUGGCCUUGCUCAUUUGCACAUUGAGAUAUUCGGGACCCAAGGAAAACCUGCCAUUGCUCAUCGGGACUUGAAGAGUAAAAACAUCUUGGUUAAGAAAAAUGGACAGUGUUGCAUUGCAGAUCUAGGUCUCUCCGUCAUGCAUUCUCAAAGUACCAAUCAGCUGGAUGUUGGGAACAACCCCCGUGUAGGUACCAAGCGCUAUAUGGCCCCAGAAGUCCUAGAUGAAACAAUUCAGGUGGACUGCUUUGACUCCUACAAAAGAGUUGAUAUUUGGGCAUUUGGACUGGUCCUCUGGGAAGUAGCCAGGCGCAUGGUUAGCAAUGGUAUAGUGGAAGACUACAAACCUCCAUUUUAUGAUGUCGUUCCUAACGAUCCUAGUUUUGAAGACAUGAGAAAAGUAGUUUGUGUGGAUCAGCAGAGGCCAAAUAUUCCCAACAGAUGGUUUUCAGAUCUUACAUUAACUUCACUUGCUAAGCUCAUGAAAGAAUGCUGGUACCACAAUCCAUCGGCAAGAUUAACAGCUUUGCGUAUCAAAAAGACGUUGACCAAAAUUGAUAAUUCCUUGGACAAGCUCAAAUCUGACUGUUGAUUAAAAAAAAGCCACAAUGCUGGCAGACACAAAGAAGGACAUACAACUUGCUGGGAUUUGGUUCCAAGUGGCUUCAGGCAUCCGCACAGUUGUAUACCCAAACCAGCCAUUUGAGAGGAAACAGAGCCAUGCGAAUCUUAAUUAGCGCCUGCCAUGGCAUUUUUGCAAAUGGCCAAUCAUUAAAGACUUCAAGUUGAAUCUCUGGUGGCCUAUGGAAGAAAAAGACAAAGGAGUCCUAAGACAAAAUCGGGGCAUUACAACCAUGGCUUUUAAUUUUUUUUUAUUCAGAAAAAGAAACAGAGUUAAUUGUCUGUUUGAUGCUCCCAACUUUGACACAUGGAACUAGACAAUUUCAAUCCACAACUUUGCCUGCGUGUCUCUUCUUUGUUGCACUAAGGGAUUCCUUGCAUUCCUUCCUUGCACUGUUACAGUUUAAUUUUAAGGAACUGACUUGCCAAAAAUAGGAUUGGCUUUGUACACCUUGAUCUAUGUUUUUUGGAUAUUAGGAAAUCAGUUUGGGCAACUGAACCUGUAACUGACUCUUGUCCUCUUUCUCUUUUUAUUUUGUUAAGCUGCAUUUUACAUAUGUGUACUGUUUACAGUAAGGCUGGACACUAAGAAUUGUUGAUAAGGAAACAUGCAGAUUUUAUUUAUUACUGGUGCAUUUAACAGUUUUUAAAAAACUGAGAAAAAUGCAUACAGUUAAAGUUUAUUUUUAUGUAGCUUCUAUCACUUACAAUCUCUUUCGUAAUAUCGUAUAAUCAGAAUUGGUUCUGCUUUUUCCCCUGUUGAAUCAUUUAGACAUUUUAAUCACAUUUUUAAGUGCUUCACAUUUUAUAUGUGUAUGGUCUGUAACAUAUAUUUUCAGUUCAAAAUAUGCAAAACAUUUAUAUAUAAAUAUAUAUAAAUAUAAAUAUAUAUCUAAAUAUAAAGCCAUUACUCAAAUUAUG